AGUUAGAAUAUGUAAUUCUACUUUAGGAUUUUCCCUCCAAAACCAUCCACGCUAUCUGCAAAAUUACAGUCUCACAUUCUGAAUUCUGACCUUCAUAAAAUCUGUUCGAUGAUCAAACAUUCUCGUUAUCUUCCUCUGAUUCCUCAAUUCUUUCUCCAUUCCAAACAACAGUUUUCAUCCCUAAUUUCAUCAUCAUCAAUCUUUCUUCUACCUUCAAAUUCCAUCGAUUUACUCCCUCUAAUUUCUUCAUCACAAUCUCUUCAACAAACCAAACAAUCACACGCUUUAGCACUCGUUUCUGGGCUUCUUCCUUCUAGUAUAUCUCUUUCUGCUUCUCUUAUUCUAAGCUAUGCCAAGUUCAAUCAACCCAAUUCAUGUAAAUUUCUCUUUGAGAAAUCUGUUUCAUAUUGCAAGACAUCAUUUUUAUGGAAUACCCUUUUGCGAAGCUGCACUAUUUGUGGAGUUUUUGAUGUUUUUUGUUAUUAUAAUCAUAUGAUUGAAAUUGGGCUCAGGCCUGAUGAUUACACUUUUCCUUCUGUUAUUAAGGCUUGUGCUGAUCACUGUUUGUAUAAAAAGGGAAUAGAGAUUCAUGGGUUUCUGAUUAAAGUUGGUUUUAAUAAAGAUUUGUAUGUGUGUAAUACCCUUUUGUUGUUUUAUAGUUGUUGUUGUGCUUUGGCGAGUGCUCACGAUGUGUUUGUUGAAAUGCGUGAGAAAGAUGUUGUUUCAUGGAAUACUAUGAUUGGAGUGUUUUCUGAUAAUGGUUGGUUUAAAUGUGGUGUUGAAGUGUUUUGGGAGAUGAAAAUGUGGUCAGGGUUCCUACCCAAUGUGGUUAGUGUUGUGAGUGUUUUGCCAGCUUGUGCUGAACUUAGGGAUGUGGGAACAGCAAUGGUGAUUCAUGGGUACGUAGUUAAAGUUGGGUUGAUUGGUCAAGUCAGAGUUAACAAUUCAUUGCUUAAUGUGUAUGGAAAAUGUGGAAGAUUGGAUGAUUCCAAGCGGGUUUUCGAUGAAAUGGUAGAGAAGAAUGCAGUAUCAUGGAAUGCUGUUAUUAGCAGUUUUGCUCAUGGCAGGCAUUAUAGUAAUGCAUUAUGUACAUUUAUGCAAAUGAUAGAAUCAAAGGAGAAACCGAGUGGUGACACCCUCUCGAGUAUCUUGCCGGUUCUUGUAGAAAUGGAGUACUUUGAUGCAGGGAAAGAGGUUCAUGGACAUAGUAUUAGAACGGGUCUUGAUUACGAUUUCUUUAUAUCGAAUUCUUUGAUUGAUAUGUAUGCAAAAGCAGGAGAUUCUACUAAGGCUUCUAGCAUAUUUCAUAACAUGGGUGUGAAGAAUGUGGUCUCAUGGAAUGCCAUGGUUGCUAAUUUUGCUCAAAAUAGUCUUGAGCUUGAUGCAAUAGAUCUUGUAAGAAAAAUGCAGGCGUUUGGUGAAACUCCGAAUGGUGUAACCUUCACAAAUGUGUUACCGGCUUGUGCUCGAAUAGGAGCACUUUCUUCGGGAAAAGAAAUACAUGCCAGAUCCAUCCGAAAGCGAGCUGUGGAUGAUAUAUAUCUUUCGAAUGCAUUGAUGGACAUGUAUGUCAAAUGUGGUGUCCUUGACCUUGCUCAAAAUGUAUUUAAUGUAUCCAAUCGAGAUAAAAUUUCAUACAACACACUGAUAGUUGGCUAUUCACAAAACACUGACUGCUUGAAGUCUCUGACGUUGUUUAAAGAGAUGGGAGUUAUUCGCAUGGAGCGGGAUACAGUUUCUAUUGUAGGCGCUAUUUCAGCCAGUGCCAAUUCUGCUGCACUGAAGUCGGGGAAGGAGAUUCAUGCAUUUACCAUAAGAAGGUUGUUUCACACCCACCUUUUUAUUUCCAAUUCACUUUUGGAUCUUUAUAUGAAGUGUGGAAAGAUUGUCUUAGCUCAAAACAUCUUCGAACGAGCGAACAAAAAAGAUGUUGCGUCGUGGAAUACGAUGAUUUUAGGGUAUGGAAUGCUCGGUAAAUUUGAAACGGCAAUCUCUCUCUUUGAAGCUAUGAGGGAAGAUACAAUAAACCAUGAUUCAAUUUCAUUUAUAGCCGUUUUGUCAGCUUGUAGCCACGGAGGACUUGUCGAUGAAGGGAAGAAAUACUUUCAAGAGAUGAAGGGUAAAGGACUUAUACCAACAAAUAUGCACUAUACUUGCAUGGUUGAUCUUCUCGGUCGAGCCGGACUAAUGCAAGAGAUGGUGGAGCUUAUUAGAGAACUUCCAUUUGAGCCAGAUGCCAAUAUUUGGGGAGCUGUACUAGGUGCCAGCCGAAUCCAUGGGAAUAUAGAGCUGGCAAAAUGGGCAGCUGAACAUCUCUUUGUGCUAAAACCCGAACAUUCGGGGUAUUAUGUGCUGCUGUCGAAUAUGCUAGCUGAAGCAGAAUGGUGGGAUGAAGCAACAAGGGUGAGGGAACUCAUGAAGUCAAAAGGGGUUAAGAAAGACCCUGCAUAUAGUUGGGUUCAGACUCGUAAUCAGGUUCAUGCUUUUCUGGUUGGGGAAUCAGCUGACGGGUAG